AGGUGGGAGUGACCGCACGCGGAGCAAGGGGCCCCUGCGGAGCGCAGAGGAGUGCGCGCCACGAGACAGGGUUGGCGGUCAGCGAGCCCCAGUUCCGGCGUCGGAGAAGGGCAAGGGAGAGCCGGGACACGGGCGAAGGUGUGGAGAUGAGGCUGGAGCUGUUCGUGUUGGAGGAAGGCCUAUGAGCUGUCCACGCUGACAGGGACACAGGUGCUGUUGCUGGUGGCCAGUGAGACAGGCCAUGUGUAUACCUUUGCCACCCGCAAACUGCAGCCCAUGAUCACCAGUGACACCGGCAAGGCACUGAUUCAGACCUGCCUCAACUCGCCAGACUCUCCGCCCCGCUCUGACCCCACCACAGACCAGAGAAUGAGCGCCACUGGCUUCGAAGAGACCGAUCUCACCUAUCAGGUGUCAGAAUCUGACAGCAGUGGGGAGACCAAGGACACACUGAAGCCAGCGUUCACCGUCACCAACCUGCCGGGUACCACCUCCACCAUCCAAACAGCACCCAGCACCUCUACCACCAUGCAAGUCAGCAGUGGCCCCUCCUUCCCCAUCACCAACUACCUGGCACCAGUGUCUGCUAGUGUCAGCCCCAGCGCUGUCAGCAGUGCCAACGGGACUGUGCUGAAGAGUACAGGCAGCGGUCCUGUCUCCUCUGGGGGCCUCAUGCAGCUGCCUACCAGCUUCACCCUUAUGCCUGGUGGGGCAGUAGCCCAGCAGGUCCCAGUGCAGGCCAUUCAGGUGCACCAGGCCCCACAACAAGCGUCUCCUUCUCGUGACAGCAGCACAGACCUCACGCAGACCUCCUCCAGUGGGACAGUGACAUUGCCUGCCACCAUCAUGACAUCAUCCGUGCCCACAACUGUGGGCGGCCACAUGAUGUACCCCAGUCCCCAUGCGGUGAUGUAUGCCCCCACCUCGGGCCUGGCUGAUGGCAGCCUCACCGUGCUCAAUGCCUUCUCCCAGGCGCCAUCCACCAUGCAGGUGUCCCACAGCCAGGUCCAGGAGCAAGGUGGUGUCCCACAGGUAUUUCUGACGGCGCCAUCCGGGACAGUACAGAUUCCUGUGUCUGCAGUUCAGCUUCACCAGAUGGCUGUGAUAGGGCAGCAGGCCGGCAGCAGCAGCAACCUCACCGAGCUGCAGGUGGUGAACCUGGACGCCUCCCACAGCACCAAGAGUGAAUGAUCCGCCCGCCGCCCUGGACAGACCGCCCAAGGGACGGCACCACUUAUUUAUUGUUGCCUUUUCACGUUUUCUUUACACACAUGUUGAUGGGCGCAGGAGGGAGGUGGGGUGGAGGAGUGGGCAGCCACAGGACUAUGCCCUCUCACUCCAGCCAAAGAAAUGGGCCUGCCCGCCCUCCACCUGUCCUCCCGCACCCUCCCUCCCUGCCUCCUCCUUCAGACUCCCCUCCCCAGCUUGGCUCGAUGUUUGCCAUGAGUAUUAGCUUACCCAAUGGGACUGUGCCCCCUUCCCACUCACAGGCCUUCUGUGGGGUUGGGCACUGUGUGUCCCGUGUCCCAUCCGCCCUCCCUGAGGAAGCAGUCGGGGCCCUCUCGCUAGCCUCCUUGCUGACCCCAGGUCAGCACUGUCUGCCACAGGCUGGCUCACAAGAGGCCCGCCCUGCUCCUCAGGGAGCCAGCUGGGGAGCCAGGGUGCCCCCACACCCCCACACCGUCCUCUGCCCCUUCAGCUCCUAAGCAGCUGGGCCUGCGCAGGGCCGGUUCCUGGGGCUGCCGUCCUGCCUUGCCGUGCCCCAAGGACCUCCAGGGGCACUUGGGUUGGAGGGAACCACCAGUGUUCCCUUCUUCCCCUUGUCUUCCCCCCUCUCCUCCCAGCUGCUUUAAAGUUGAUUUUGAACUUUUUAUUUGAGGAGACGAAGUGAAAACAAAUCUAUAAAUAUAUAUUUUUAAAAUAUUUAACUUUUUUUUAUGGCGUUUUUCUCAUUCCCCUCUCUGCCCAAACUCCCUCUCCCUGGGGAGCCCUUAGGCUCCCCAGUACUGGCAGGGCCCCUGGGGCCAGAGCCACCCCAUGAGCUUGGGGUCCUCCAGUGUGGGGGGGGAGAUUCUGGGAUGGCCCCAUCCUGGAUUGCUGCCAGGAGAGAGCCAGGAAAGGAGCCCUCAGGCCAUGCCCCAACGGGGUGGGGAGGGUCACCCACAGCUCUGGGCCUCUUUUUGCCCUUUAGGGCUGUCACUAGAGAAAGGGAAGAGGGAGACCAAAUGUGGGGGUGGGUGCGGGAGGGUGUCAGGCAGAGGCAACUGACUUACUUCAUUUGUGCCACACGCAUGGGCAUUGCAACCUUGUGCUCCCUCCCCCAGGCCUGCAGCUGCCUGGGGCCCAAGUUGCAGUGAGCAGGGUGUUGUCUGGGAGGGGGGCAGAGGCAGCAAUGGGGGUCACAAGCGGGAGCGGCUCUUGGGCUGAGUGCAGAAUAGGGAGCCAGAAAUGGGCAGCUCUCCCAGGGAGUGAGCAGCUACUGUAACUUUUUUAAAUUAAGACAAAAAGCCUUGAAGAAAAUGACUUUAUUUUUCUAAGUGUAACCUCAGUAUUUAUGUAAUUUGUACAGGGGCCAUGCCCCAAACCCCUCCCCCCUGGGGUAGAUCUUGAGGGUGGGCCUGCAUGGGGCAGGGUCUUUUACCCUGUGUCACAGCCUGCCUUCACUAGGGGUGUCCAGAAAGGGGCGUUUUCCAAACCGGGCAGCAGCUGGAGCAGACCUUUCUUAACCCUCCCACUGCCUUCAGUCAGAACAAGCCUCCCUCUGUGGUCAGGUGAAGCGUGGGGGGAGACUACGCACAGCCUGCGAACCCCCUGACCUCUACCCAGUGGUUGUCUUGCCCCAUGUAGGGUGCCAAGAUGGAAAUUACCUUUCUGGGCUUUCUCCUGGAGAUAGCUGGGGGUUUGGGGUGGCUUUUAAGGCUGGGGCGUGGCAAAUCAGGGUCAGAGGGGGGAGCGCGGGACUCAGGUCUGUAACUGCCCAGCCCCGCCGCUCUGCUCGUUUCA